CUUUCUAUGAAGAAGACAUCAUUCGGAUCUGCCCUCGAGAUCCAACCCUACGUGAGUCCAAUAUACUACAUUAGAUUAUAGAUAUAGUUUGAGUACAUUCACUGAGUUGACCCAUUUUAUGCCCGAGUGAAGUGAAGAAAUCGAUCCUGCGAACAAUCAUGAGUGGUCUGUGGCCCUUUGCUUUUGUGGUGCCAGUGAUUUUAGGAGUCGUCAUAUACCAGCUCGACUCGUUCGACCCGGCCCCGUACCCCGUUCACGAGUUGACUCAGGGGAGGGCGGCGGUGGCCCCGAAGCGUAACGGCCGUUUGCUUCAUGGUUCCGAGAAGAUAGGAGUUGGGCGGCUGUCGGGGCCGGAGGACAUAGCGUACGACCCCAAGACAGGUGUGAUAUACACGGGGUGUAUGGAUGGGUGGAUCAAGCGAGUCACGGUGAACGAGUCGUCGUGUGCUGACUCGGCGGUGGAGGACUGGGUUAACACCGGUGGCAGGCCGCUCGGACUCGCUCAUGGACUUCACGGUGAAGUCAUCGUAGCCGAUGCUGACAUAGGAUUAUUGAACGUAACCUCGGACGGCAAAGUGCAACUGUUAACGGACGAGGCGGAGGGCGUAAAGUUCAAACUAACGGAUGCCGUAGAUGUUGCAGAGGAUGGUAUGUUGUAUUUCACAGAUGCGUCGUGGAAAUACAGACUCAAAGAUUUCUUUUGGGAUGCUUGUGAAGGGAGACCCCACGGGAGACUUUUAAGCUAUAAUCCAAACACUAAGCAAACCAAAGUGCUGCUCAAAGACUUGUUCUUUGCUAAUGGCGUUGCUGUCUUUCCAGACCAGAGCUCUGUCAUUUUUUGUGAAACUCCAUUGAGGAGGUGUAAAAAGUUUUACAUAAAGGGUGAAAGGAAAGGCUCCGUGGAAGCUUUUAUUGAGGAUUUGCCAGGAUCACCAGACAACAUCCGUUACAAUGGAGAGGGUCUAUUCUGGAUUGGAUUAGUCACAGAGUACACGUACGCUUGGGAGCUUGCACAGAAGUACCCAUUCCUGAGAAAGAUUAUGGUAGUGAUGGAUAAGUACAUAGGGCGGCCACAUCUGGAGAAGAAUGGAGGGGUUUUCGUUGUGGAUUUGGAAGGCAAUCCAGUUGCUCACUAUUAUGAUCCUGAUUUGACACUCGUCUCAACUGGAAUCAAAAUUGGUGAUCAUAUGUACUGUGGUAAUGUAGAGUCUGGGUUCAUACUCAGCCUCAAUCUAAAUCAAUAUUCUGCAGUUGCAAGUGGAUGAACAAGAAAUAAAUACAAAAUGAUGUUUAAUUUGCAAAACCCAAUUUCCCAGGAUGUUGUUUAAUAGGGAAAAAUAACUACAAUUGUGAUCUGCGCGAAUCUCGUACCUAA